AUGGUCACAUUAAAUUUUAAAGACUUCAAGAAGGAGAGAAUCAGCCUAGAGCUGGAACUUAGUGCAUUUGUUUCGGAUGUCAAACAGCAGUUAGCGCAACUUAAAAGUUGUGAAGAGUCUCAGAUCAAAUUGAUCUAUUCUGGUAAAGUUCUGCAAGAUGACAAGACGCUUGAGGAUUGCAAGUUGAAAGACGGAGACCAGGUAAUUUUCAUGGUGUCUAAAAAGAAGUCAACCACUACAAAGACGACAGUAGCACCAAGUGAAAAUGAUAACGACGUAAAUAUGACGCCAGUGACCAGUGAAAAUGCCAGGGAUCAGGGAGCGCAGCAACAGACCAGCCAAUCAGGUGACGUACAGGCGGAAGAAGCCUCAACUUCCACAGACCAGACCCAAACGGGAUUCGUCACUGGGUCUCAGCGGGACGAGACGAUUCAACGGAUCAUGGAAAUGGGUUACGACCGCCAGCAAGUGGAGUCAGCUUUGAGAGCCGCAUUUAACAAUCCCGACAGGGCCGUCGAGUAUCUUUUGAUGGGAAUACCUGAACACUUACAGCAGCGACAAGCCUUGAACGCGCAAGCGCAGUCAUCCGCGGAAACUCCCUCCCAGCAUACCCAGGGCCAAGAAUCUAGACAAGUUGAACAAGCCCAGACGGCCGAUGACGAUCUUUUCGCACAAGCAGCUGCGUCCAUAGGUGAAGAAGAAGGUGGAGACAGCGGCAGAGUACCGGGCACGAUUGGAUUGACAAUGGAAGACUUGCUUGCGCUCAGACAGGUGGUAAUAGGCAACCCAGAAGCUUUACCUCCUUUACUUGAGAGCCUGAGCGCAAGAUAUCCAGAAUUGCGCGAACGUAUCAUGAGCAGUCCCGAAACGUUCAUCAGCAUGCUUCUCGAAGCCGUUGGAGGGUCUUUGCCGGAGGGGCUAGUUGAGGGUGGUGACAGCGGUGACGCUGCAGGCAUUGAAGAUUUGCAGGGAGGAGGAGAAGAAGGCGCAGAAGGCCCUGUAGAGGGUGCUGAAGCGGGUGCAGGUCCGACAAUCGAAUUGACACCGCAAGAUCAAGAAGCCAUUGUACGUCUGUGUGAACUUGGAUUUGAGAGAUCUCUUGUCCUCCAAGUCUAUUUUGCUUGCGACAAGAACGAGGAAGUUGCUGCCAACAUGCUUUUCAGCGAUUACAAUGACGAGUAA